UCGCGAGAUAACGAAAGGCGCCAAUCAUGAGCCGGCUACCGGUUUUAUUAUCAUUCUAAAUGUAACUCGAGCGCGAAAAAUGUAAUUUAAAUUCCAUAAACAACAGGGACCAAACAACCAAUUAAAACUGAAGCCUGUAAAAGCGUUCGUAAUACAAAUAAUCGGCGAAAAUAAAAUUUGAAGUGCGAUUUGGCGAAUUUGGUAUGCGCUAGAGAUGAAAGACAUUAUCUAAUGACAUGUCGGAAGUGAUCUGAAUUUUUAUUGGUUUCACAUAUUAGUGAGUUUUGGAACUGAUUGAUAAUUUUAAUUUGGGAUUCAAAAAGCGCUUUGGAGAACGACUUAGUGAUUUGAUGAACUAACAAAGGCUGACAGAUGGAUGGAUUUGACCAACAAAGACUACAAAUAAAAACUAUAAUACAUUCGAAAAACGAACAGAAUGACUACUGGUUGAAAAGUUGAGAAAACCAGAGCGCGCGUUUUUUUUUUAGUUCUGACACCGCACAAGAGAUGGCAUACAAAAUGAAAAGAACGGCAGCUGGUGUUCGAGCUAGUUCUCAAAUGAAAGUGGAGGUGGCGUUAGUAGUAUUGUUUUUAUUUGCUGAUGUUGGAAACUGUGUCAGCCACAGCGGAGAGAUGUUACUGGCUAACGUUACAAGAUUCGCCACUGGUGAUCUUUUCUCAUUAGUUGGUUCCGACUGUGGCCCGACCCGCUGCAUGGAGUUGUCGCAUGGCACGGCUCUGGCAGCUAUGAGCAGCAGUGACGGCUGCUUAUGCCAAUGCCGACAUGAUACGCCAGCGUUUCGAGAGGAUCAGAAAAUCUGCGUUAAUCAUAUCGAAGAAUGUCCCAUGGCUUCAUUUGGCCGUGGUGCGAAGAAGCCGCAGAUUCCUUUUGCGUUCCUGCCAUUGAAAGGACAAAUUAUUUACCCAUCAAAAGAAAUUGUGUUUACAGAUGUUGAAGAUGCCAUAUGCGCCGUCACAAGUGCGCAAUACUUAUCUCAUUCUGGAUGGGUGACUCUACGUGAUCUUCUGGACAACGACGUGCCAUUUAGCCUGUAUCGAGAUGAAGGCAGCACUUUUUUGCAGUGGCGAGGAUCCACCGCUCUUCAUGCGCGGUUGGAAGGACGUCUUGUGGCGGCGCAUGUCCUUUGUUCUGCGCCCGCACCAACCCGUCUCGCCGCUUCUUGCGCCGCGUUUAGAGUAGCAGGCGUUUCUCACCAUCCGUUGUUUGACGUACCAUCAAUACCGUUCCAUGCUGGUGAAAUUGUGACUUCGGAACCUACUCAAAUUCAAGGCUUAAGCGUCCUUGAGUCAUUAGCCAUUGGAGUCUGUGUAUUGAUGUUAAUUUUCGUGUAUGCCGCUGGCAUCAUUUUCUACAUCCAUUACAAAAAGCGGCAGAAGCGAAAGAAUAAAGAUCCUGAGAAUAAUACUCUGUCUACUGAUAAUGAAUCUACUCUUGGAUCCAGGAUAGACUUGGAUAACGUGAUGUUAAAGACUAAUCCGUUAUUGAAGAUGGACAAUUUAGGCGUGAACUUUUUACAUGAUGCCGGAUUGUCUGAUGUUAGUGAACGUUCUGAGGAAACUGUUGAGUCAUCUCCUACUGACUCACAAACUCAUAAGUUCCAGAAGUUAAACUCCAGUGUCAUAUCAGCAAUGGUACACACUCGUCGAAUGAAGAAACCUUCAAGACCUUCAAUCAAACCCGUAGCUGAUCGUUUGACACCAGAGCGUUUCAAUGAGCGCAUUCAAAGAAGAUCAGCAUCUCCUGAAAUUGAAAGAGCUCCACAUUCUGAGCUUGCUAUAGUUGAUUGCAGUAUGGAAAAUUCUAUGACAGAUAGAGCGACGCCGAUACCAAACGGAGAACCUGCAAUGAGAAGAAAACUUUAUUUCAAUCCCGUUUUCUUUGAAACUGAACAUUUAAAGGACCCUCCACCAGCAGCAAUCGAGUUCUUAAUUAAAAUCCGAGAGGUAAUGUUCAUUGCGAAGGAUAAGAUGACUUCGAAAAGGUUUAUCCCAAAUCUGUCGGAUAUUCCAGAAGAAGAAUCAUACCAUUCUAUUGAUCUUGGCUGGGAUAUUCCAUGUGCUCGACGUGGCCGUAGAUUCAGCGCUAUCAGCUUAAAACGUGAAAACAGCCGAAGAUCCGCACAUUGCGGAGGUUGUCCUGGUUGUGAUAAACGUGAACCAGUACAUAAACCUGCUUUAGUAAGAUCUAACUCGUGCAAGUCGUGUGUAAGCGACGAUUACAAACAGCGAAUUGUCAGGAAAUGGUUGGAUGAAGUUCCAUCUCCAACACCGCGAAUGGAUGUUACACAACCUGUAAAAUCUGUAGCAAAGGUUAGUGGUACACCAAGGGUGAUUGAGCCCAAAAUCAACGAUCUCAAACCUCCGUCGCGUGUUAUCUCGCCUGAGCCAAUGAAAUCUAAUAAAUAUGCAGAAUUAGAUCCCAAACAACAAAUCAAGUCAUUACGAGUGAAAGAAUUACCAAUGAAGAAGGAAAUAACAGUAGAAAACGCAGUGAAAAGAGAAGAAGUUAACGAAUUAUCUGUACAAAAAGAAACGCUAAAAGAAGUGCAAGGAAAGAUAAAGGCUCCAGUAGUGAAAGAUGCACUUUUGAAGAUAAAAGCAAUUGCAAAGAAAGAAACACUUGUAAAGAAGGAAACUACAAAAGAGUUAGAGGUAAAUAAGGACCUCACAAAAGAAGUUCCAGCAAAGAUAGAUAUUAUCAAAGAAACUCCAACAAAGAAAGAACUAAUAAAACCAACUAUGGCCACUAAAGACGCUAAUAAAUCGCCAGCAACAUCUCUAAAAGAGAUACCAGCGAAAAUUAUGAAAGAAAUUUCACAGAAAGAUGUCGUAAAAGAUAUUUCAGAAAAGAAAGAAAUCGCGAAGGAAUCUGUGUUUAAGAAAGAGUCUCCGAAAGAAACUUCAAUGAAGCGAGAUUUAGUAAAAGAGUUCACUGCAAAGAAAGAUUUUGUCAAAGAAAUGUUCAUGAAGAAGGAACUGCCAAAAGAAGCUGUGCCGAAGAGAGACUUCAGAACUGAAAAACCAAAAAUUAUACACAACGUUCCCUUGGACAAAGAUAGUGGCGUAAUUGAAGAGACGGUUGGACCACAAAUAAUUGAUGCCUUACCAAUUAUAAAUAUAGGAAAAGCAAACAAUUCUUCCAUUAAAUCUGAAACACAAUCUCCAACAUUAUCAGCGUCAUCAGGAAAGACUCCUUCCAGUCACUUGUUACAACGUAUCAGACAGAAAUUACCGCCUCCUCCACCUCCUCCGGUGAUUCUACCUAAACCCAUCGUUCACCCUAAACUUGAGCUAGAAACAGAAUUAGUUAAAGAAAACGAGGCGCCUAUACCACCAGAAGUAAAGGUAAAAAUGGAAGCGGUUAUAAAAGAACUAAAUAAAUGUAAACGGGAAGAAACCUUUGUUGAAGAAGAAAUAAAGGCAGAAAAUGUGGAACCCAUACCACCGAAAAUUAUUAUUCCCGUUCUUGCAGCUGAUACACACUACUUCAGCGAUGAUAAUCUACUUACAGAUCAUCACAGAAAAUAUAUUCAACGAGAGCCAUUUAUUGAUUUAGACACCCUGGAACGAAACCUGUUGAAGAAACGCCGGUUCUCUUUGGCGUCUGGACCAGAAUUAGCACAUCGGAUUGAGCACGUAUAUAAACCAGAUUUACAAGGUCUACGAGACACGUUGACUCGUAGCUGGCGUGAUGUCAGAAAAGCUGUAGAUAAUUAUCAGUUUGUACCACCUAGAGAGAAGCCAGUGCCUUCUAGUAGAAGUCGUGCUGUAAGUCAAGUGUUUGUAGAUACAGAACCAUUGUAUGAUAAUCUUGCGAAACCUGGUCCUUUGACCAUUAAAGUAAGAGGUUCUCCCGAGGAAGUACGACGAAACGUGCGUGAUGAAUUUGAACCUGAUACACUUGAUAGAAAGCCAGGAAGAGAAGCGAAAAAACGUGUAGAGAAGAUCCUUCUCAAAUCCGGUGGUAGCUUCAAACAUAAAGGUUCAAUCCAUGAAUGUGGAAUUAUAAAUAAUGUACCUGAGCCCCUAUUUACUAGGAAAAUUGGAAACUUAAGACAAAUAUACGAAGCAAAGGCGAAAUCUCAGGAAGAAGAAAUACGGGUACCUUAUUAUGGCAGACGAGGAAGCGUUCCUUACGGAGGACAUGAGUUGGCGUCACUUGUUAGGUCUGUUAAGGCUUCUGAUUUGAUACGCCAGAUCGAAGCACAGAAAGAUGGCAUCAAACCUCCUAUUCCUCCUAAACAACGUCGCGGUUCAGAUUUGUCUCCAAAGUUCAUGCACCGUAGUCCUAUUGGUGACAAGCGAGCAACAAGAUCACCAGAAGAACGAGAACGCUAUCAAAUGUAUCUACGAGGAGAAAAUCUUAAACGGUCUGGUCGUAGAUCGAAUCGUACUAGAUCACGGAGAACUGACAUUAGAAAGCUGUACAGAACUGAGGAUUCAGGCUAUUUGAGUACCGAUUCCAAUGAGUCGAAACGCAGGGCGAGUUACUUGAUGCAAUUAAGACCUAAACUUUUCCCUGAACAGACAGCCAUGCCUCCUCCACCGACUAUUGUUAGAACACCGAUUUUGCAACAUAUUGAAUCUGACACUGAUGAUAUGGAAUCGAUUUGUGACGGUCGUAGUGAAUCCGGUGGGGAAAGUAUUGAAACUGAUUCGGUAUUUUUUGGUAACUUCGAUGAAUCGAAACAAAUGCUCGCUGAAUUGGGCCUAAGUGCCUAUGAUAUUCAUCGAAAGAUGCGCCAUCAUGAACAAAUUGAUUCAGGAUUUAUGGGCGAGACCAAUAUCAUACUAAGUGGUGACAGCGAUUCAGAACAUAGAAGCGUGAUUUCUAUAGUUACCGGUCGUGAUGGUAGAACGUCAUCCGCAUCGAUUGCCCAGUUGGACGACUCGCCAUAUAUGCACUCUGUAGAAUGCUAAACUGUCAAAGAACGCUAAAUAGGUAGGCUAUGGAAAACAUCUUGACCAUACUGAUUCAGGAAGGAAAUGCUUCAUUAUUGUUAAGAUCAAGAUUUCUUAUGACUACUAAUGUAUAUAAAAAAUGUAGCCAAACUUGAUUAAUGCUAAUAUUAAGCUUUAUAAGAUUAACUGAUUUGUUGAUAAUAUUAUAGAUGUCAAAAUAUGGGUUAGGAAAAAAGAACGCCUAAAGUGCUUAUUGUUUGUACCAAUAGAACCAGUCAUCGAUGUUUACCUCAUAAUAAUAAUUAAGGAAAAUAUAAGUUAUCUAAACAACGGGAUUUUUAAAGAAAAAUUAUGAAAAUGUCCCACCAACCCAAAACUUUGUGCCUUAACUAGGUUAACUGUUUGAAUUGUUGUAACUAUAGUUUUAUUGAAAUAAGAUGAGCUUGCAAGAAUGUUCUUCGUAUAAAUAGAAAACAGAUUUCUAAAAAAAAUUUGUAUACUUGAUGCAUUCUCUAUGCCAUUUUAAGAUUAUGAUUUUUGAUCACGUUUAGAUACAUGACAAAAAAAUAACUUUACAAAUGUAAUAUGACUAUGUUGUUGCAAUUUAUUGAUUUCGAAAUAAUGGCCCAUCUUCAGUAUCUACAAAAAAUGACACUAAACUAUUGGUUUAACUCUCUGAACUUGUGUCGCUAAAUUGAAACGUAUAAAAUUGUUCCAUUAUAUUCAAUACUUACCAAUAGAGUUGUUUUUACACUAAAAGGGUGUUUUGAUUAAAUAACUGAAUGUAACCGAACGCAUCGUUACGACAUUUAAUUGUUAAAAUAAAAGCGUUAUCAAAUAGCAAACCUGAACCCUUCAUGACAUAUAAACUAUAUAAGACAAGCCCUUGUCGCCUUUCCCAUUAAAACAAGGCAAGAUACUAAAUAGGCAUAUGAAGAGGCUAUAUGGUGGAAUCUUUGCCUACCCAAAUAAAUGUGUGAAAAGAAAAUUUAUAAAAAAACGAAUUUGAGUUAACAUUCUGCCAAGAAUAUAUAAAUAAACAUAAAGAUUUUUGUCCACUGCGUAUUUCUACCGCAAAUGCACCACAAACCGUAUCAUUUCUAAAGUUAUUUCUUUUACUGUACGUACUUCGAGAAUAAAGAAUUCCAAUUAUGGAAUUUUAUAUGUAAAUAAAAAAUAAGUUAAUUAGAAACUGUAAAUUUAUUACAGCUGGCCGGUUGUGCAAUUAAAGGUUUAGAUUAUUCGAAAUAAUCAUUUAUGGUGCUUGGUUGAAAUAAGAGGCUCAGUUUAUUUAUGAAAUGCUAUUGUAUCGUAAGAAUAUAUAUAUGAAAAUUGUUAUACAUAUGAAUAGAUGGAAUUAUAUUACAUGUUUAGAUAUUAUAAUCUUAAUUAAGUAGCUUGAAUAUUUUCCAA